UCCUACUCCCACCUCCAUGAACGGAAAGCCAAAAAAUUCAGCAUCAAAGACAACUAUAGUCGCUGUAUCGUGCACUUUGGCGGCUGCAGUUAUUUGUGCAGUCACUGGGUUUCUGUGGAGUCGGUGUAAAAAUCGUGAUAAAGAGGGACGAAAACGAACAAGAAAGUUGUAUUUGAUAAAAGACAAACACUUAAAAGAUGGGAUACAGGACCUUGAAAACAAUCGGUCGCCCAAUACCCAAACCAUCGAGACCCCCGUGGAAAGGCUCCCGUUAGUGGGAGAUGGAGUAGGGGACAGACUGCCUCCAGACGGAAGCGAGCAGGAUAAUUUGGUGCUAGGUAUAAAGGAAAGAGGCCAAGAGAGAUUAGAGUCGGGUGAGGGGAUAGCUGAUGCUGACAUUUUCACACCUGACAAACACCUGAGUGUCGACGAACAGCGGGAUUGUGGAGAGAUAUCUGAAGAGACCGAGGAAGGAUCCGAAAACUUGGAAAAUCUUGAAGUGUUCGAUGAAAUACUCGGAGAAGGCGAAUUUGGAAUCGUCUACAAAGGUCGAUAUAGUGGGAAAGAUGGCAACAUAACGGAUGUAGCUGUGAAGAAGUUAAAAGACCCUAGUGCCAUUGCCAAAGAAACCCUGCUUAAUGAGAUAAGGACCUUAAAGCAGGCUGGGAAACAUCCUAAUAUUGUCACUUUGAUUGGGACAAGGAUAGAGAGAGGAAACGUUCUUGUGGUCACUGAAGUGAUUCAUGGUGGCAGUCUGGAAAAUCUUUUGAGGGCACCAGGGGAAAAGAACAAUUAUCAUAACGUCUGCUGUAAGCUGAAUGACCGGCAACUGGUCAUAAUUGCAUUUCAGAUCGCCACCGGAAUGCAACACUUAGAGGAGAGAAAGUUUGUCCAUCGCGACCUAGCAGCGAGGAAUAUUUUAGUUGAUGCCAACUUGGUGGCUAAAGUUGGAGACUUUGGAUUAGCCAGGGACAUAUCCGCUGCUGGUAUAUACACCAUAACCUCUAGCGGAAAGGUUCCGUGGAGAUGGUCGUCGUUAGAAUCUCUACGAGAUCUCCAUUUUACAUCCAUGAGUGAUGUGUGGUCAUUUGGUAUCGUUUUAUGGGAAAUCACCACUUAUGGUGAGUUGCCAUACCCUGACAUCACAUCACCAAUUGCCUUAGUAAAUCGACUUGCCUCAGGAUAUCGGAUGUCUCGUCCCGAACGAUGUUCGGAAGAACUAUAUGAGCUCAUGAGUUCUUGUUGGAAAGAAAAUCCUUUGAUGAGACCAGCCUUUUCGCAGAUCGCCCAACAGCUGAAUAACUUUUUGCGAGAAGUGAAGAGGACAUAUACAAAUAUCACAGAGGUCAACGAUGGAGAAGCUUGAUGACUCCCUGAUGCUGAAGCAAACACCUCAUUUUAUUUGAUUAACAAUAGGAAAAUAACCACAAGAUCUCAAAUAAGCGCAUAGGAUCAAAAGUUUAGAAUCAAUUUUUUUCUUGGUGGAGGAAAGUUUUCUCGCAAAUUCUCCAAAUUUGUUGUUGAUUUUUUUUCUCUCUUUGCGAUCAAAUACACCAUGAAUGACAUAAGUUUAAUUUAGUGAAACUGAAACCAUCAACUUUUCUCUAGGGUGGUUUAAUAAGAUGCGUUUUGAUCUUUUUAUCAUUGUAAAACAACCUCUUAUUUAAAUAAAGCCAUCGCCGAAAGCUACCG